AUGGCCGGCACGGACACUGAGACAACCACACCGAAUGUGAAAGGUGGGUCCGGCCGAAUACUUAGGCCCAAUGCCGCCCUAGUUACAAGCCACUCCAGCAGGGACCAACACCUGGUCCAUACAACCGACCUCGGCCCCGACCACCGAAUUAUGCAAGGGGACACCGUAGAGCCAAGACGGAAUCAGUACCUGUUUACUGUUCUCUCCAGUGGCCUCCUUACUAGGAGGUAG